AUGGUCAAUAAGUCCCGUCGCUCGGGUCGCCUCCCCGCCGGGAGUGAAAUCCAGUCAGUGAUCCUGUUGAGGCACCAGUUUUCUUCUGGCAACCGCGACAAAAGCCACCCCGGGGAACCGGGCGCCAACACGGACCCCGGGACAGCUCCCACCAAGCCCCGACUGCCAUGCCGAGCCUCCGGGGCGCGGCCCUCCUCACCCGCCCCCCGCCCCGAGAGCGGCUGCAGCCGCCUCAGGUCGCCCCUGGCCGGCGUCUUCGCGGCCAGAGCGGCGCCGCGCCGGCCGCUACUCUCGCUUCAGCCGCCGCCAGCCGACCCAGCGCGCAAAAUGACGCGCUCGCGGGCACCUCCUGAGAGCCCUGCUGCAGAGCCUCCGGCUGGGAUAGCCGCCCCCCGUGGGGGCUAUGCGGACAGCGCGGGACAGCCAGGGGAGCGCGCGGGGGCCGCAGCAUGCGGGAACCCGCUAAACCCGGUGGCUGCUGAGGCGGCCGAGAUGCUAGUGCGCGCAGCGCGCCCCACUGCAUCCUCGACCUUCUCUGGCUACAGAGCGCCUAGGCCGGUGCGAGUUAGCCCCAACUUCCCCAGGCUCCAGCAGUGCCGGGCAGAAGGGGCGCGCGCUUGUGCACGCGUGCACGACAGCGCUGGUUUUACCGGCAGGCGUGGCUUUGCCCCUGGAGCGUGUGCGUUCACCACCUGA